AUGUGCAACUGUGGCACUGUUCUUAUGAUAUCUUCGACCUGGCAAGCAGCUCUUUUUCUGGACACAUUUCAAGUCCGUCAGAGUUACAUAAACAACAUUAGUAACAUUGGAGAGGAUAUCAACGUAUGCAAUUUAACGAGAAAAAAAAACAUCGACUACAACAGUGUUUUUCAAAGUGGACGAUACUGGGGAGGCGGGUCUUACUGGGGGGCGGUUUGUGAACAAAGCUCAAAAUCUCCCAGACGCAAGGAAAUGUAUUUGGCUGAAAAAGCAUGUCCAUUUGUUGUACCCUGGAUUGUGAAGAAGAAGAAGGAAAAGAAGAAAAAGAAGAAGGAGAAGAAAAAGAAAAAGAAGAAGAAAGAGGGAAAAGAAGAAGAAGAAAAAGAAGAAAGAGAAGGCAUGCAGAGAAGAUGA